AUGUCAACCACCGCUACAACCACUGCUCAACAGCAAUAUGAACAAUUACAACAUUUGAAACGUAUGGAAGAGAAUACAUCUCUCUAUAAAACCAUCCUCAAAUUUGUUUGUGGUGGUGUCAGUGCUGGAUUUGUCAGUGGUCUAAUGAAUUCACCUGACCAUGUCAAGACAAGAAUGCAAUUAACACAUCAAUCAACAACAAACAGUGGAAAUACUACGAACAUGUCAUUCUCACGUGCUUAUUAUAAUUUAUAUAAAACUGAGGGAUUGGGAGUGCUUUUGGGAAGAGGAUUAUUUGCUGCAGUAGUGAGAGAACAAUUUUAUAGCUCUGUUCGAAUGGGAUUAUAUGACCCAUUGAAAUUUAUACUUUCUCAAUUACUUUCCAAAAAUUCAAAUGUGAAUGGACAUGUUACUACUACCAGUGAUGUUGGAUUAACCAUUAAAAUAUUGAGUGGUGCCAUUUCAGGUUCCAUUGGAUCCAUUGUUUCAAAUGGAUGUGAUCUCGUUAAAAUCAGACAGCAGAGUGUCAUGAAUGGAUCAAGAGCACCCAAUUGGUUUUUCAUUGUUAAGAAAAUUCUUAAAGAAGAGAAUGGAGUGAUGGGUUUGUUUCGAGGAGGAACACCAAAUGUAUUACGUGCGUCUAUACUCACUGCUACUCAACUUUCUACCUAUGACCAUACCAAACAUCUCCUUUUGAAAACACCUUACUUCUCUGAUAAUGUCUAUACACACGUCACUGCAUCACUAGUGGCUGGUUUGUUAUCGACAUUGGCAACAAAUCCAAGCGAUGUGAUUAAAACUAAAUUAAUGGCAUCUAAGAAGAGCCAUCAUGGUGUAUCAUCAGUGGCAGCUGAAAUGGAAUCGUACCGUGGAUUGAUCGAUUGUGCAGUUAAGACCUAUCAAAAGCAUGGAAUGAGAGCAUUCAUGUCUGGAUUUGUUCCAAAUUAUAUUCGAAUUGGAACUCAUUGUUUACUUACAUUGCCAUUAUAUGAAGAGUUGAGAAAAUUGAUGGGAUUAUCGAGUGUUUAA